AUGGCAACCCACCUUUUCACCAACGGCAAAAUCUUCCAAUCCGGCGUACCACCCGGCACCAACGCCGGCCUCCACGGCCAACCAACCUUCGCCUCCUGCAUGCUCACCCACAACUCCCAAAUCCUGCACAUCGGCGCCCCCACCGACGCGGCCAUCACCACAGCCACCACCACCCUCCCCCCCCCAACCGUGCACGACCUCCGCGGCCGCACCAUCCUCCCCGGCUUCGUCGACGGGCACAUGCACCUGAUGCUGCUCGGCCAAGCGCUCAACAAGCUCGACCUCGGCCGCUGCGCCAACCUGUCCGACAUCCAGGCCGCCAUCCGCGCGCACGCCGCCGCUAACCCGGCCGCGCCGCGCCUGCUCGCCCGCGGCUGGAUGCACAGCAUGACACCGGCGGGGCGGCACGCCACGGAUUUGGACGGGUUGGAUGUGGAGGGGAGGGAUCGGCCUGUGCUGGUGGACUCGAAGGAUCUGCAUUCGACGUGGUGUAAUAGCGCGGGGGUGGAGGAGUUGGGGGCGGAGGGGUGGGUGGAUGUGCCGGGGGGAGUGAUUGAGAGGGAUGGGGCGGGGAGGGUGACGGGGGUGUUUAGUGAGGCGGCGAAUAUUACUUAUGUGUGGCCGUAUUUGGCGAGCGUGGCGAGUAUGGAGGAGAGGGUGGGUGCGAUUGAGGCAGCGGUGAGGGCGUAUCAUGAGGCGGGGUAUACGGGGAUGGUGGAUAUGGCGAUGGAUGAGGGGGGUUGGGAUGCGUUGUUGGCGGCGAGGAGGAAGAGGGAGGGGGAGGGGGGUGCGCUGCCGAUGCGGAUUGCGGCGUAUUGGUUGGUGAAGCCGUGCGAGGAGGAGGGGGAGACGUUGCAGCAGGUGGAGAGGGCGAUCGAGUUGGCGGGAGAGUUUAAUGCUGAGACGACGCCGGAUUGUAGGAUCGUGGGGAUCAAGCCGUACGCGCAUAAUGGGCAUACGGAGGUGCCGCUGUGGACGGCGGAGCAGUUGGAGCCGGUUGUGAAGAAGGCGGAUGAGGCCGGGUUGCAGAUCGCGCUGCAUGCUAUCGGGGAUGCGACCAUGAAGAUGGUGGUGGAUAUCCUGACCAAGUUUGCUCGUCCGGGACGCCGGCCUCGCGUGGAACAUCUCGAGCUGACGACCGAGGAGGAUGUUGCUCGCCUCGGAAAGGGGCGCAUCACGGCGUCCAUCCAGCCGGUGCAUGCCGACCCGGCCAUUCUGAAGGCGUGGCCGAAGCUGCUGGGAUAG